UAAAGCCCAAACUCCGAACUCAAAUUAUGCGUCGUCUGAAUAUUGUUCUAAAUCCAUUCCCAAGUGUGCAAGGAAGCCUGGACGUGAAAUGGUAUGAGACUGAGAUGUAUGAGCUGGCACCAACCAUGGGCGAAUGAGCGGGUGGCUACCGAGGAAAAAAAUAAUAAAGGAUGUCGGCCUCCCGAAUUGUCGAACUUUUGACUGACACUCCCUGAAUGAUUUUAGGAUUUGUAAAAGUUCUGUUCUGACCGCUUCCCAACUCUUCAACCCUUGCAGAAGCGCGUUGCUCAGCCAACCCGAAAACAAUCGAAGCCACAUCAAAGUUACCCAAGAGACGUACAAGUGCGACUGACUCACUCGUUGCACUUGUUUACUUCUUGACAGAUUGUAUUACUACCAGCUGGAUUGUUUCUUAAACGCGCACUCUCGCACCUCCUACUCCUCCUGCAAUAGAAGUGUUGCUCUCCAGCAUCAUCUCCGCAACAUUUAUAUCAUCCAAGCAUUCAUCCCGACCCCCCGCCAAGAAGCAAUUGCCGAUAGCUCCAGACUCCAGUCGCAACACCAAAACUACGCUCUAGAACAAAACAAGAAAAUUAUGCUGUUGCGCGGGAGAUCCAAGGACAGGACACGCAAAGUGACUCCUCCUGGUCCGGUGGCUAUGUCUAACGAAAAAUUUGGUAUGUACUACUUACUCUCCGCAUCUUUUGCACCUGGACAGCAUCUUUAUAAGGAGGGAAGUUUCUUGCGUUUCUCCAACUAAACUUACCUGUGUCUAGCCGAUUAUCUCGCCGAUUUGAGAACCAACCGCGUUGCAAGACCUAGCGGUGCCCGACCUCAGCCUGCCAGCAGACGCCGGGAAUCAAUAGAAAGACCAACUUCAUAUGCGCAACCUCCUGCUCCAGCGACCGAAAUUCUAGAACGAACAUCAUCCGAUUACAAACAACCUCGAUCUGUGAGUGCCAUGUCCCGCAGACGAGCUCAGUCCGCCCUCUCCAAUUACUCCGUCUCCUCGAGAGUUGGUCGCCAGCUUGCUCAGCAACCCAACCAGAAUCCACCCGUGGAACCUCUAAAGCCCUCGGAAGUAGUCCCAACCGCCACAUAUAUUGAAAGAGGGUUACGAUGGAUGGAAAAGGAAGAGGCGGUCUCUCUGAGAGAAGCAAUGGAAGAUUUGGAUAUCAAAAAGCAAGAAGAUGAAGAAGCUCGGAUCCAUGCUGCUGCUCAGGAUGAGGCGUCUGAAUUGGUCUACCAACAUCAAAACCCCGAAGUCAAAAAUCCAGAUGCUCCGUAUCGAUACAAGGACCAUCUCAGAAAGAACAGUUACGCUCAUGCCAGAACUCAAAGUGUUGGGCGUUACGGGGGGACGGUGAUAGCGACGGGUUUGGCAAGAGAUUUGCCUCCGAGAUCAGUUUCUGGUGGAUCGAAUUGUAGUGGCGAUAUGAUGACCCCCGGAAACCGUGUCUCGAGCGGUUCUUUCGAGGAAGAGGAUCGUUGCAUUGGGCCAGAUGCAGUUCGCAAAUCGCUUGAUUCCACCAGAUCAGCGGCCAGCACGAGCACGGUCGUGAAAUCAAAUCCCUACGGUAGCAUACUGGGUGGAAGAAAGCAUGGAAGUUCAAAGCGACGAAGUAGCGCGAAGAGGAACGUCAGCGGAGAAGUGGGUAGUAUCUUUACGGGUUCUCAAAUUUGGGAGGAGCCAGAGGAAAGCCCGGCGAAAGGCCGAAACACGGAAGAUCAAGAUGCCCCAGCUGCAGCGCCACUACAAUCCAAGCCACGCAACCCUCUCAGUCGAGUACAGUUUGCACAAGAUUUUGUCGAGCCACGGUCUAGUAGCACUCCCCCCGAAAAAGCGAAGAAGCUUCACAGGACAGAAAUUCAUCACAAUCCCCCCUCUCAGUCGAGAAAUCCCCUCUACACUGCCAACAGUCUGCCAGUAGCGAAGGAGUCACCUGAAAAAGACAAGAAUGAAGCUCCUACCAAAGAUGGACUUGAAAUUAGAAGUGAUGAUAUUCGUCAAGCAACGAGCAUGCGCUUGAAAGACAGAAGUCCAAAACUUCCGACGCCUACAGUUGUCAGUGACAAACCAGGUCGUCCAAUCGUAAGCUUUGAUAGUAAUUGGAAGCCGAAGGAGGCUGAUGUAAAGCCAGAAGUGCGAAGAAGAUCACCCUUCGAUCGACCAGCCGGUCAAAGGAAAAGCAUAUCUAAUGGCUCAACUCCGAAGAAUGUCACAACCCCUCUCCCGACAGUUCAAGAUCAUGAAUCGCCCCCAGUCCAAAUAACUAACUCUCCAGUCUCUUCGUCGCCAACUGCAUAUGCGCCUGAUUCUGACCGUUCCGUUCCCUCUGCCAAAGCACCGGAUUCUAAACCGGCAACGCCUAAAAGCAAUCUGUCUGGUCCCAGGACAUCUGUAUCAACCUUCAAGUCACCAUUUUCAAGACCUUCCGCUCCUAUAAGUGCCCCACCACAAUCAAGAUACACCGUUCCUACAGUCAACACACCUCAACCAAAACCGUCAGUUCCUACAAUAAACACUCCCCAACCAAGAUCCUCAGUACCUACAAUAAAUACACCAAUAUCAAAAGCACCAAUUCCCAAGAUCAAUGUACCGCAAGCUAGCCAAUGCAUUCCAACAAUCAACUUGCCAGGUUCUGGGCCCUCAAUUCCUACAAUCAAUGUACCUCAGUCUGCCCCUUCAAUCCCUACAAUAAACCUACCCGAUGCUCCUCAAAUAUCUGUCUCGGCACCAGGAGUCCCCACAAUCAAUGUUUCAUCGGAGCCAAAAUCCAAUGGAAAAAGACCUCUACCAGACCCCAAGGCUGCUUCUAGCCGUCCCAAACCGCAUGGUCACGCUGCACCACUUCCAAGAGGGCAUUGGUCUCCCGCGCCAAGUGCUGGGAGAAGAGCAACCGCUACUUGUCAUCAAUGUACUCUACCAAUCGAAGGACGUGUAGUUGCGCUAAGCGGGAAGCCUGAACACUUUCACCCCGAAUGUUUUAUCUGCUUCAACUGUGGCACAGGACUUGAAUCACUGGAGAUUCGAUUUGAGCCCGAGGCAAGACGUGCGGAGCGCAUCGAUAGAAUCAAACGUCGCGCUAGGGGUGAGGAUAUCCCUGAAGUCGACGGUCAAACUGUAGCCGAGGAUGGCGACGAGCGACUUCGAUUCUUUUGUCAUCUCGACUGGCAUGAAACUUAUGCGCCCAAGUGCAAGCAUUGUAAAACUCCUAUCAUUGGGGAGCAUACGAUUGCACUGGGAGAGCACUGGCAUUAUGGCCAUUUCUUCUGCGCGGAAUGCGGAGAUCCGUUUGAGAAGGGUCAAACACAUAUUGAGAAGGAUGGAUAUGCUUGGUGCUUGAGCUGUCAGACGAAACGAACCGAGAGGCGCGCACCCAAGUGUAAGAAAUGCAAGAAACCCGUCAUUGGACAAUAUGUUCAAGCGCUGGGUGGAGAGUGGCAUGAUGAAUGCUUCCGUUGUCAUGAAUGCCAGAGUGGAUUUGAUGAUGGAUGUUUCUAUCCCAAAGAGGUGGGAGAUGAAACACAUGUCUUGUGUAUUCAAUGCUUGCAGAAGCAGUUGAAGGCUUGA